AUGUCCCCCGUGCGUCCUGGUGUGGAGCAGCCAAAGGUGGGCUCUCCUUCUGCGCCGUUUGAAGAGACUGAGUACGAGAGGGAGAAGGAGGAGCGUGAGUUUCAGCUAAAGCGUGAGAUUGCGCUAAAGCGUAAUGAAGCGGAGGCUGUUACUGCUCGCGAAGUGGCCUUUAAAAAGAUAGAGGCUGACGCUGCGCUUAGGAUGCGGCAAUUGGAGUUGCAAUCAGCGGGUCGCAGUCCAGUUUCCUCGUCACCUGUGUGCAACCUAAGUGGCAGGGCGUCUGAAGCGUGUGCAUCUUUGGCAGUCUCAGACAUCUUGGACUAUGACUGCGUGAAAGGUGCUAUUUUGCGGUCCUAUGAGACGUGGCCCAAGGCUCAUAGUGCUUAUGUUAGUCCUGCGCACGUGGUUGGAGUUCUCCCUGUAGCUGCUCGUGACCAGUCUCCAAAUGAUGAGGUGAAGUCCAUCAUGUGGAGCGACAGUGCAGGUGGAAAAGUGUGUCCCAUGAGCGUUUUGACCCACGCUCAGUCUAAAAGAGGGAGGCAGAGUGACGUCGGUAAUUCUGUGCUUGCUCCUGAUUUUGCAGGUGUUGGUGCGCCCUCGGGUGGACGGACUGAUGACACCAAGGCCAAGGUAUACAGUGAGAAGCCAGAAUUAAUCACUUCUGUGUCCCCUCCAACCUCUCAGAAAGCUGGUCGCAAGUUCAGUCUGGCUGGACUUGUGUUUAGUUGCGGCAUACCUGAACCAAUCAAACUCCUUGAAGAGUUCCUUGCUGAAAUCAGACAGUUCGACCCUGCUGGCGCUACGGUGCCUGUGUGUGUGUGUUGGGUCGCCUUGUGUCCCAGUCACUGUUCUUCAGAGCACAGCAACCUGGUUCUCCUGGCCCUGAUGUCCAACCCAGAUCAACGGCGGAUGCGGGGGGCGCUGCUGACUCUGGACCACACCGUCCGUAUCCAGCACAGGAGGGGAAAGGACAAUGUUGUGGCUGAGGCCUGA